AUGAAAGCUCUAGGUGGGAUACUCGCUGAAGCUUAUGCAUCGUGGUCCUAUUCUAUCUCUCAUUGCUGUCAAUCUUUAGCUUCUCAUCCCGAUGAAAAGACUCAUCAGCCUGUCGACCACAAGUCGAUAGAUGUUAUCUAUGAUGAACCUUCAUUUAUUCCACCUCCUUCUGCGGCACCGUCUUGGCCAAGUAAAGGACCAUCCGGCUUGGAGCGUGCUUCUAGGAAGAGGCAUGGUUCCGGAUGGAGUAGCUUCUCUGCGAGAAAGCUAUUAGUACGACCGAACUCAUCGUCAUCGCGCAGGCCGCAUAUAUCUGCUCCUACCGAGUUUCGUCAUCUUUAUUCGGAGUCUUUUCGUUUUCCGGAUUCUAGCUCAGCGCACGUAGGACAGCAAGCAGCUUCUUUUCGUCCUCUCGAACUCAGCAUAUAUAUGACCGAUAAUCGACUUUCCCCUAUCUUACCUCAUAUUGACUAUUCUGCACCUGCGCCUCCGCCUCCUGUCACACCUCCUCAGCGUGCCUUCACUCUCUCGAGCCGCGAUGAAGACAGUCCCCGCAUGACACAUUCACGUAGCUACUCAUCUAUGUCGUUCCACAUUCCCCGGAGGCCAGUCAAUGGUGGGUCUGUCUUCGACUCUCCGCGGUCAGAUGAUAGCAUGCCGCAGCGACCUCAACCGGCCAAAGUUAGGGAUCGCGCGUCACCAGACACAUCAAGUCCGUUGAUGAAGGAUCUCGUCGAGAGAGUUGCGACCGCGAUGAUGGAACGGGAUAUGCUACAGGAGCGGAUCGAAGACGUUAUUGAGAGGCAGAGCAUUUACGUUAGCAGCCGGCCGUCAACUGCACACGGAGAGCCGGAAAUGGGGCCUAUGCCAGAUAUUCCGGCGCUGCCUCCUAACGCUCCGUCAUUCAGCGAGCGCCUCAGCUCCGACCGCCCGCAAACUGCACCAUCUCAGACUCCAGUUCGCACGGCAUACAAAGCUAACUCAUCACGCAAAGUGGAGGGGCGAAUCCCUCCCCCGCCAUUGCCUCUCCGACUGCGACCACCAUUGCGCAAAAAGAAAUCCUUUUCCCGGGUUUCUACCUGGGUGUUAUCUGGAGGAGAGCACAGACGAGACAUCAGUCUCGACUCCCUUACCAAUGUUCCUAUGCCAGUGACUAACUGUGACGGCUUUUACCAAAUUGCGAGUCCCGAAGGGGACCAGAGAUGCAGCCUCGAUACGCUUUCUACCAGCUCGGACUGGACCGUGGAAGAAGAGCAGACAUUGCCGACGAGCCUGUCACCUAGCAGUACAGCGACCCUAAAGGCGAGGCUGGAGCCUCCCAUCUCAAUUGCAUCCGGACUACAACAGUCGAUCGUGCUGCCACAACGGCGGAGCGUUGGCGUUGCUGUCUGA